ACAAAUAUUUCUGAUUCGGAGUUUGAGUUUUUAAUGUUUUGUUGACCUUAAUUUUAAAGUAGUUUUUUCUAAAUUAUUAAAAAUCAAAUAAAUAUGGCGCUCAUAUUAAAAAAUCUAAAUUGUGGUAAACAGUUAAUUAGUCCCGUGGUAAGGAAACUGCAGCCCGCCAUCUUAAACUUCAAUCACAACCAGAGGUCAUUUUCGAUAACUUCGCAGACGAAUUCGAAAGUAGCAGUGCUAGGUGCAGCGGGGGGACUUGGACAGCCCCUGUCACUCCUGCUCAAGAUCAACCCGCACAUCUCACAUCUAGCUCUAUAUGAUAUUGUUCAGGUACCAGGUGUGGCAGCAGACUUGUCCCACUGUUCAACACGCGCCAAAGUGUCCAGUCAUUUGGGACCUGAUCAGUUGAAAACCUGCUUGGAUGGUGCCAAGGUGGUUGUCAUGCCGGCUGGAGUGCAUAGAAAACCAGGAAUGACGAGGGAUGACUUAUUCCAAACGAACGCUGCUGUGGUGAGGCAUCUCGCUGAUGCAGUCGCCAAGUUCAGUCCUGGUGCUAUCCUGUGCAUCAUCACCGAUCCUAUCAACUCAACAGUGCCGAUAGCAAGUGAGGUGUUCAAGUACAGGGGCGUCUACGACCCCAACCGCAUAUUCGGAGUGACGACGCUUGAUGUCGUCAGGGCUAGUACGUUCAUCGCUCAAGCCAAGGGCAUGAAGGCCCACGACGUGAACUGUCCGGUUGUUGGUGGACAUUCGGGAGUGACCAUCGUACCCCUCAUCUCUCAGUGCCAACCUUUCGUGUCAUUCCCACAUGAUGAAAGAGUGGCAAUGACGACGAGGAUUCAGAAAGCCGGUACAGAAGUGGUUGAAGCCAAGGCAGGCAAUGGAUCUGCUACGCUGUCCAUGGCCUAUGCAGGCAACCAGUUCGUGAGUUCUUUGUUGGAAGCCUUGGAAGGUGAGACAGGAAUUGUGGAGUGUGCCUACGUCAGAUCUGAUGAGACUGAGGCCAAAUAUUUUGCUACUCCUAUUCUUCUUGGGAAAAAUGGUAUCGAAAAGAACUUUGGCGUGGGCAAGACAAUCGAAUUUGAGGUGAACCUCAUCAAACAUGCCAUCCCUGAACUGCAGAAAAACAUUCGCAAGGGAGAGGAGUACCUCGUCAAGUACCCCAUCACCGACUGAUUGAUUGAUUGAUUGAUUGAUUGAUUGAUUGAUUGAUUGAUUGAUUGAUUGAUUGAUUGAUUGAUUGAUUGAUUGAUUGAUUGAUUGAUUGAUUGAUUGAUUGAUUGAUUGAUCGAUCGAUUGAUCGAUCGAUCGAUCGAUUGAUUGAUCGAUCGAUGCUUGUUCUCACUUUAGGACGAGAUUAGAUUGGAGAUGUUAGAAAUUUGUUGAUAGCUAUCAUUGUUCAUUUGGUUUUUAGCUUAUAAUGGAUUCUGUAUAUCACCUUUUCACAAAUAAUAUGGACAGCCUAAAAUUACAUUUUUCUUUUGUUUCAUCAUCGUUAUUGUAAUUUAUCGUCGCAAAUCAUCACUGAAGUUUCUUUUCUGAUCACUUUUUUAUCAUCAUGUAAUAAGACAAUCGUGAAAGACGUCAUCACGUCACUGAGUUGGCACUAAGAACUUUCACCCAUUCAUGUUUUUUUUUCCUCAGUUUAUUAAUUAGUUUCAUUCAGUCAGUCAUACUGAUAAUUUGUGAAGUAUUUUUGAAAAAUUUAAAUCUAUUACAUUAAUUAAAAAAAUUUAUUUAAUAACAAAUCGUGAUUAAUAACAGCCCUCGGCCCUGGGCAUCGCAACGUAUUUUUUGACUUAUUCCAAAUUAAUUCACCACCGCACAAUUUUUUUCAAACUUUUAAAAUUAAUCUCUUCCAAACAACUUUUCAUCGGAGCCUUCAUAUCGCAAGUAUUAUUGUUCAGAUUCACCAUCAUCGUCAAGCCCACUACGAUUCAUUUAAAAUUCAUUAUUCAUUCAUUAUUUUAUUCGUUAUUGUUAUUAUUAUUACUACUGUUAUUAUUAUUGUUAUUAUUACUAUUAUUAUCUACCAUAGUCGUCGUCGUUUCAAUCACAAAUAAAUUUUUUUUUUUUUUUUCUGUAAACGUUAAAUUUUGUUGAUCGUGCCUUCUACGCAUGCAUGUAUAGACGAAUGCAUGUAUGGACGCAUGCAUGUAUGGACGCAUGCAUGUAUGGACGCAUGCAUGUAUGGACGCAUGCAUGCAUGUACGCAUGCAUGCAUGCGACCUGAGCGAUGAUGAGGACUUGUACUUAGUUUUUAAAUUCUAUCAACCAAGCAUAAUUAAUAUACGUGUCUCUGUAUGUGUGUCUGUCUGUCUGUCUGUUUGUCUGUAGUUUUGUAUUUUGAAGUUCGUCUGUAUGUUUGGUUUUAAAUAUAGAUUUGUAUUUAUUUUUUCCAUCUAAUUAACAAACGUGUUAUGUUGCAAGAAUUGGCGAUGAUGAUGAUGAUUAAGGCGGUGGUGAUGUUAAUGAUGGUGAUGCAUAUGAUGCUUUUUGUAUUAUGCGACCGGGUAAUAAGAUAGAUAGAUAUCAUUUCUGUAUAUCAUGAUAUGAUAUCAUUACAAUACGACCGGAAUAUCAAAAUAUCAUCAUCGUUAUAAUGUUGUGUUAUCGGUAUAAAUGACCAUGGCCGAUAACGAUUGUCGUUAGAGAUGUGCACAUCAGCGAACGUUCUCAUCUUCUAACCGUGCUCUCUUAUUUAUUUUUCAAAACUUUUUAAACUUAACGAAAUAUUUAACAGCUGUGGAUGUGAAACAUUAACUCUCUCAAAGUAAUAAUUUUAAUAUAAAAUCAUUGUGCAUGUCCACGUGUGUACUUGCACGUAAUUUGAAUAUGCAUACGAUCGUGCUUUGUGUGUGUGUGUGUGUAUGUAUGUAUGUGUGUGUGCAUGUGUGUGUGCAAUAACUGUGCAUCAAUGUAGGUAUAUGUUGUUUGCAAGGUGUCCGUACUCCGAACACGCAUGUGCUAUAUAAAUGCCAUCUUCAUUCACGGACAUUAAUCAAUAGAAACUCCCAUUUACAUUUUAUUUUAAUGUGUUUAAAUUACGAGCUAAAUUUAUUUUUGUUCUCUUUGCUGUUGGUUAUUUAUAACAUUAAUGUCAUAAUAUAUCGGGUGUUUGUUCAUAUAGCGAUUAUUAUUUUACGUAAUCUGGAUCGUAAAAAUUAUUUAAUAUUUCUCUUUCUUUUUGCUUUAACAUGAAAAACAUUCAUCAGCAGGAUGUUUGAUUCACUUUUAACAUGGAAUAAAUUUACAAACGUUC